AUGGCGGCAAGACGCGUUGUGCCAUCAUCAGCCCUCCUCCGCAGCCUGCGAGGGGCGUGUAACCAGCAGCAAUGCGUUGCUCACACAUCUCGGCGGACGGCAGCGACCUUCACUCACGCACGACAUGCCGACGCGAUAUCAGUGCUUCCGACUCUCGUGGAUAGGUCGAGUCCGGAUUUCCAAGAGAAUGCCUCGCAAAUGGCUGCCCUGCUGGAGAAGUACUCGGACCUACACAAGAAGAUUGCACGGGGCGGACCACAGAAGUCGAGAGACAAGCAUGUGCAACGGGGAAAGAUGUUGGCACGAGAUCGAGUAGCUGCGCUGGUGGACCCUGGAGCGUCGUUCAUGGAGCUUUCGCCUCUGGCCGCGCACGACGUCUACGGUGAAGAUGUACCCGCAGCAAGCAUUAUCACUGGUGUGGGGACCGUUGAGGGCGUAACAUGUAUGAUUGUGGCCAACGAUGCUACGGUCAAGGGUGGCACGUACUACCCGCUGACAGGCAAGAAGCAUUUGCGGGCACAGGAGAUCGCCGAGCAGAACAAAUUACCGUGUAUAUACAUGGUCGACUCAGGUGGCGUGAAUCUGCCAUAUCAGGCCAACAUCUUUCCGGACCGAGACAACUUCGGUCGUAUAUUCUUCAAUCAGGCACGAAUGAGCGGGAUGGGAAUUCCCCAGAUUGCUGUCGUAAUGGGAUCCUGCACGGCUGGUGGCGCAUAUGUGCCUGCUAUGUGCGACGAGUCGAUUAUUGUCGAGGGCCAGGGCACAAUAUUCUUGGCUGGGCCUCCGCUGGUCAAGGCCGCUACUGGCGAGGUCGUCUCUGCCGAAGAUCUGGGUGGCGGGAAGCUACACAGCUCAAUAUCUGGAGUCACAGACUACUUGGCUGUUGACGACGCGCAUGCCAUUGUAUUGGCUCGACGGUCGAUCGCCAACCUGAACUAUCCGAAAGAGCAGCCAGCUCCUUUCGAGGUGAAGGAGCCAAUAUACGACCCUGCGGAGCUGACCGGCAUUGUGGGAACGAACCUUCGAAAGCAGAUCCCAAUGCGUGAAGUCAUCGCCAGAAUUGUGGAUGGUAGCGAGUUCUCCGAGUUCAAGAAGGACUAUGGUACCACACUGCUGACCGGAUUUGCCAAGAUCAAAGGCUAUCCCGUAGGCAUAUUGGCCAACGACGGCAUUCUGUUCUCGGAGUCCUCGCUGAAAGGCGCCCAUUUUAUCGAGCUUUGUUGCCAGCGAAAUAUUCCCCUGGUCUUCUUGCAGAAUAUCAGCGGCUUCAUGGUCGGCGCUGAUGCUGAGAAGGGAGGUAUUGCAAAGAAUGGUGCCAAGCUGGUCACCGCUGUGGCCUGUGCGAACGUCCCCAAGUUCACUGUUGUCGUUGGAUCCAGCGCUGGUGCUGGAAACUAUGGCAUGUGCGGCAGAGCCUACUCACCACGCUUCCUCUGGAUGUGGCCAAACUCGAAGAUUGGCGUCAUGGGAUCUGAGCAGCUUACAGCCGUCAUGGAGACAGUCGGAAAAGCAGCCGAUCCAGAAUUGCGGGAACGCAUCGAUCGUGAGAGCGAACCUACCUUCUCAUCAGCUAGGAUAUGGGACGAUGGAGUCAUUCCGCCAUCAGAAACCCGGAAUAUGCUCGGCCUUGGACUCAAGGCUGCUUUGGGCGGCGCCAACAAGCCCAAGAAGACACAGUUCGGUGUGUUCAGGAUGUAG